AUGCCUUCAUUAUUUUUAACGAUGACAACGAUGGACUGGAUAACGGUCUCAUCUAUGGUCAUAGGAGCUUACGUUUUACGAUAUUAUUAUAAUUAUUUUACGCGUAAAAAUCCUCUUCCCGGACCAAUUCCGUUCCCUUUUGUUGGAAACUUGUUACAACUCGGUCUAGAUAUUCCCAAGGUGGCAAGGCAUUUAGAUUUAAAAUAUGGAAAUAUAUCUGAAGCAUACUUUGGUUCCCAACGAUCCAUUUUUGUAUCAGGAUUAGAUUGCGUGGAAAAAAUCUGUUCUCCUAAUACAUCCAUCAAGAAUAAUAGUUUUAUGUAUAGGAUACCACCAAAUGAAGGAUUUUAUGAAAUAG